AUGAGAACGCUGUUCCAGGAAAACCUGCACUUGCCCAUCCUCGUGCCUGAAGACCUUUCAUUAGAAGAGAGGGAAGAACUUUUAGACAUUCGUCGGAGGAAAAAGGAACUUAUUGAUGACAUUGAGAGGCUGAAAUAUGAAAUUGCUGAAGUGAUGACAGAGAUUGACAAUCUGACUUCAGUGGAGGAGAGCAAAACGACUCAGAGGAAUAAGCAGAUAGCGAUGGGAAGAAAGAAGUUUAACAUGGAUCCCAAAAAGGGAAUUCAAUUUCUAAUAGAAAAUGACCUGCUGCAGAGUUCCCCAGAAGAUGUAGCCCAGUUCCUGUAUAAAGGAGAAGGCCUAAAUAAGACCGUCAUCGGGGACUACCUGGGGGAGAGGGAUGAAUUUAACAUUAAAGUUCUUCAGGCUUUUGUUGAACUCCAUGAGUUUGCCGAUCUCAACCUCGUGCAAGCCUUAAGCUCGAAAUCUCGGUAG